GAUCCUUUAUCAUAUAAACUACCUUUUCACCAUACAUGUGAAGUCCUUUUAUAUGAUGAGGAUAGGUAGAUGGCAGUAAAGGGAAAAAUAAAUAAGCCAGUUAAAGUUGGGGAUUUUUAAAAUGAUGCGUACAUAUCUAAGCAUUGUCAUUAAAAGUAUGUUUUUCACCACUCUUUUGGGGUAGUCCCCAAGUUUGUGUAAAUCUGCUGAUUGGAGUUCUUAAUUGUCUUUCUGGAAUAAACUACACAAGCAAAUCUCAAAUGUGGCUGCACCCUGAGAACUUUUUAAAACUAAUGAUGCCUGGGCCCCAGUCCAGACUAAGUAAAAAUUAGAGGGUGCCCGGCUUUAAGUUUCCCAGGCAAUUCUAGUGUGCAAUCUAAUACCGGAGCCCCUGCCUCUCAUCAUGUAUGAUUUUCAGUUUUGGUUUCUUUAGAGUGAGAACUUGAACACUUUUGAAGAAAACUGAAUGCAGAAUCCUUUUGCGAUUUUUUAAAGUCCCCUGCCCCUCAAGUCUUUUACAGUUAUCUUGCCUACUCCCAACUCAACAGUUUUUAAAAUGUAUACUCCUUUGUAUUAUGUCUCUCAUAGCAACCAUUUUGAAUACACUAAUAUUUCAUAGGUUUAUGUAAUGUUUAAUUACAUUAUUAUAUAAAUACAGAAAACAGGCAUAAGCAGGUUUGGAAUCAUACAUAACUGCCCAAGUAUACAGGGCAGCUGAAGGAAGCAGAUGAUUUUGGCAUACUAGACAAGUAGCCUACCAGCCUCUGGCAUCCAGGGCACUAUGGAUAUUGGUCAUAUAAUCCAGUGGGUCAGUGAAGCCAGGCUCCUGGCUCAGUUGAACACCCCUCCCACUCUCUCUAGCUAAUAUCACCAAUACCCACUUACUUAAAUUCUCUUGAGUCUUCCAUCCACUCACAUCAAGCUGUUUGUUCCUCUUUAAGCAGUUACCACCAUUGCAUUUAUUAACUUGGGAGAACAUUAAACAGAGGUUCUUCUGCUGGACUUCUGAGCAGCCAGUGAACCCCAUCAGAUUAUAUAUAUAAUGUCUAUCUCUGAAGGGCACAAAUCUGAAAGCGGGAUGCCUCCUAAUAAAGAGGCCAGCAGUCUUAAUACCUCCGCUGCGGGGCUCAUCUGCCUCCCUCCAAUCUCUGAGGAGCUCCAGCUUGUGUGGACCCAAGCAGCACAGACCAGUGAGCUGGAUGGCAAUGAACACCUGCUACAAACUUUCAGCUACUUUCCCUAUCCCAGUCUGGCAGACAUUGCCCUUCUCUGCCUACGCUAUGGACUGCAGAUGGAAAAAGUCAAGACUUGGUUCAUGGCCCAGCGCCUCCGCUGUGGCAUUAGCUGGUCAUCUGAAGAAAUAGAAGAGACUCGAGCCCGAGUGGUCUAUCACAGGGAUCAACUCCAUUUCAAAUCCCUUCUCUCUUUUACUCAUCAUGCAGGGCGGCCCCCAGAGGAGGUGCCUCCUCCAGUGCCACCUCCAGAGCAAGUUAGUCUUGGAAUAGUGCCCCUGACUCUUAGUGAGCCCACCCAGGUGAAAGGAUUGAAGGUAGAGCCUGGCGAUCCCUCAGAGCCAGUGAGUCACCAGAAAACAAAGGAGUCUCUGAUAGCACCUGGCAGUGGGGCAUUCUCCCACCAAUCAGAAUUUUGGCAGGAUCCUCAAAGCAGUGGCCUCUCUAAGGAACAGGCAGGCAGGGGUCCCAAACAGUCACAUGGCCUAGGUACUGCUUCCUGGAACCGCUCCACAGCUGUCCAUCAGCCACAAACUCGGGAUAAACCCCCACCAAUAUCAUUACUUGCCAGUAGUUGUAAGCAGGGGUCAGCAUGUAAUGUAACUUCUUCCUCUACCUCUUCUUCCUCUUUCCAGGUACUGGCUAAUGGAAUCACAGUCACCUCUAAACCCCUCCAGCCACUGGGCUGUCUCCCGCAGCCACUCUCACCCAAUGAACAGGCUCUACCCAUACAUGUGGAGCCAGCCUGGCCCCAGAGGCUAAGGCCUAACUCAGUACUAGGUAGGGUUGGCCCUGCAGAAUACCUUUCCCCAGAUACCCAACGCCAGCGAAAGACAAAGCGCAAAACCAAAGAGCAGUUGGCUAUCCUCAAAUCGUUUUUUUUACAGUGCCAAUGGGCACGGCGUGAGGACUACCAUAAAUUAGAACAGAUCACUGGUUUACCUCGGCCUGAGAUUAUUCAGUGGUUUGGUGACACACGCUAUGCCUUGAAGCAUGGGCAACUAAAAUGGUUUCGGGACAACGCAGUACCUGGUGCCCCUAGUUUCCAGGAUCCAGCAAUUCCCACACCAUCACCUUCAACCCGCUCCUUGAAUGAAUGGGCUGAGACACCACCUCUGCCGAUGCCUCCACCUCCACCGGAUAUACAGCCCUUGGAGAGGUACUGGGCAGCCCACCAACAGCUACGGGAAAGUGAUGUCCCUCAACUGAGUGAGGCAUCAAGGCUUAGCACACAACAGGUACUGGAUUGGUUUGAUUCUCGAUUACCUGAGCCAGCUGAGGUGGUAGUUUGUCUAGAUGAAGAGGAAGAGGAGGAGGAGGAAGAACUGCCAGAGGACGAUGAAGAUGAGGAGGACGACGAUGACGACAGCGAUGAUGAUGAUGAUGAUGAUGAUGAUGAUGUGAUCAUACAGGACUGAAUGGGGGCUAUGGGAGGGGCAGUCUGUUACUAAAAGACAACCAAUUUAGUAACUGUUUAAACAAAGAAACCACAUUUUUAAAGUUACCUUGUGGCAAAGAACUGAAAAGCGUUGUGUUCUUGAGGCUGGGGGAAAGGUGGAUGUUGUGAGGGUGGACCAGGGAGGAUGAUCAUAAGGCACAAAGUGAAGUGGGGAUUGAAUGGGCAGAAAUCAGGCCUAAGCCUCAAUGAAGAUUGCUAAGGACUGGGUCCAGACUAUGGGCUGGGUAAAGGCUUUUGCUCUCAUCUGCUGUUGUUUUCCCUUAGUGUACUACAGAGAGGCCUGACUUUAGUCCCAUGUCUUUAGGAGGAUUGGAAAGAAGGUGUAAAGAAUUUUUGAUUGAAUUGGUUCCAGUGCAUCCCCUAGUCCCACCAUUUUUCCUGGAAUAUAAGGCUGCCUUGCACCUCUCCUUUCCUCUGAGCACAAGUCCAUGCAUAAUGCAGCUAAGAAUCUCAGUAUGUCCCAGUCUCACAAAUAUUUCAACUCUUCCUCAUACCAACUCUAUAUGUUUUACCGAUUUCAUUGAAUUGCACAGGAAGCAGAAUGUUUUUUCCUAUACUGAGACCACUUUGCCUUGUACCUUUUUAUCUCUUUCCAAAAUCCCCAUUCUCUUCACUAUGUCUCAGGGUAAGUCUUCCCCACGGAGCUUGUGAAAAAGUUUAAUAACUGGGUGGAGAAUAAAUUAGACUGGAUAUUUAUUGGAGGUGGGAAUUAGGAGAGAUGUCCUUUUAAAAAAGUAGAAUUAGAUUACAGGAGGGUAGAGGAAAGGGGAUGGUUUCUACUGUUCAGAGGACUGCAAGUAGGUUUUUCAGGUUUGGUUUUACAAGCCUGAUACUCCUUCCUAACUUGACAGACUGAUUUUUCAUCUUUCUGGUGUUGGUUCAAUUUGUAUCCAGAAAAGAGACUUCCCUCUCUUUAUAGGAUCUGUCUUGGGGACAGAGGGAUCAUGGUCUUUAACUGAAUUUAUUGACGUUUAAGAAUGGUUUUCAUCAGCUGGGGUCAGAUAUAAUGAUGUCAUCUAGAAAUAAGAGUGGAAGCUCCAAUGUGCUAGAAUAAUAAAAAAGCCAAAAAUAAAA